UUUACUAAAAGUGUUGCUAUUUUCGAGAUAAUUUGGUAAUGAACUUUUCUGGUGAAGUGAAGAAAAGGAAACAGGAUUUCGAAACUCAACUUCCGUAUCAGAAUCGCAGAGUUUCUUGAAGAUACACUAGAACGUGCCUUGCUGCAUAUCACAUUGUCGAGCAAUAUGGACUAUAUAUAACGUAAAUUUUCAGCAUUUUAUUGCUCGUGACAUAUGUAUCGCUGGAUUUCAUCAGCAGCAGCCAGAAUCCAUUGUUUUAAAAGGAAAUCGACUGUUAAUCUGCUAAGUUUAGAAAGAUUAUGUAACAUAUGUGGCAUAGAACACGUCUCAGCGGAAAACGUGGCAAUUUUGGCGCAUCGCUAACCAAACCGGAAACGAUUCUGAUGCUAAUAAUGAUCAUAAAAUUUCAGUUCAACCUUUCGAGAUUGGAGCUUUCUUCGUUGUCUUUUUGAAUACAAGUUUGAAGAUUUCGCUUCCAGCAAGGUCUCUCACGGUCUUGGUAUUGUCGAAGUCUCGACUCGAAGAGAAAAAAGCCGCAAGAAAACAAUGAAAAUAUUUUAACAAUAUUAAAACCGGAAAAUACUUGAAAUCACCUGACGUACACACAACAGCAUGCAUGUCAUUCUUGCGUCAUGCUCGGUAUUGUGUAUAAAACCGUCAACAACUUCUCUUGCCUAAUUUAGUGUCACCAAAACGUGAGUUUUGUCAGUUGGGUGAGCGGUACGGAAUAUUUCGGCAAGCUAGCCAAGUUUUCCCGAAAGAGAUGGCAGAUCUAAAGCAAAAAAGUGAAGUUUUAAGUGAAAUUCAGCCGCCAAGUGUUAUAAUUACGCCGGCCGAUUCCAGCCAUGUCAGUUCUUCAACAAGCGAGGACGAAAAUGAUAAUCAUUAUAUCGCUUCCAACGGAAGCUUUAUCGAGUCGCAUUCAGAAAACGAGUUUACAAAGGCAAGUAAAAGCCCUUUCCAGCCACCAAGCGAUGAAUUAAAGGAGAAAAUCAGAGGACAAGUUGAGUUUUACAUGAGUGAUGAAAAUUUGACGAAAGAUGCAUUUCUCCUGAAGCACGUUCGUCGUCACAAGGAAGGCUUCGUGAAUUUAAAACUUAUAACAUCGUUUAAGAAGGUUAAAAACAUUACGAAAGACUAUAGAGUUGUUGCCGAGAGCAUUAAGGACUCUGAACUGUUAGUUAUAAACGCCGAAGGCACGAAAAUCCGUCGUAAAAAAGCUUUGCCUGCUGAGUUAGUCGAGCGAAACCCUGGCAGAACCGUUGUGGCGAGAAACUUGCCCUCGGAUGAUCCAAGUGUUGAAAAGGUCGCAGAAAUAUUUUCGAAAUACGGUCCAAUUUCCGUCGUACGUAUCGUGAGAAAUGGUAAGAAUGUCCCGCCCGAGUGUAAACAGCAUUUCUCCAGUCAUCCGGAGCUGGCCAAAGAGGUUUGUGCGAUAGUCGAAUUUGAGACAAUGGCAGCAUCAGCCAGAGCAUGUGCAGAGUUGAAACACAGUGGGGGUGAUAUGAAAGUGAAUGAGCUCCUUCGUGGGCCAAGUAAAAACACCAAAGCCAAGAAUGAUAAAGAGAACCGACCAGAUACCGGCGACUCUGACCACCCAAAGGAUCCAGAUGAAGGGAAAAGUGGGAAACGCAGACGGAAGAAGAAGACACCUAAACGAGACAAGAGAUUGGAUGAACUUGUUAAAGUUUCUGGAGAUGAAGGACAUACAAGUUCCUCUGAUAAUGAGAAUAACUACUCCUCGUUUAGUAGUUACAAGAAACGAUUUUCCAGUUCUCCUGAUGGUCAUAGUCCACGGCUAAGAAGAGCCAAUCAGAGAGCAUCGCCAGGUGUUAGUAGUUCUAGUCCUGUGACAUCCCCUGAGAUGCGUCGUCGAAACCCAGAUGCACCUUGGAGACAGAGUCCAGGUUAUUCAUCAGAUAACAGCAGCCCCAGCCGAAGUCCUGUAGUCCAGCGACGUUUCACAUCGCAAAGUCCUUUGGCUGCAAAUGCGGACCACAAAAUGACACAAAGCUUAGGAGUGUUACGACAACCAAAAGGGCCUGAUGGCACCCGUGGCUUCACAACCGCAGGAAGAGGUCGUAUGGUGGGUGUCAGUGCUUAAAAGAUGAACAUUAAUAAUUUAAUAGUAUAGAAAAGUGACUUUGUAUAAUAUUUAUCUGAUGGUGGUAAAGUUGUGUCUAUAAAGAGAUGGGGCUUGCUUCUGAGUAACUCAGGCCAGCCCAUAGUGAUCAAACCUCUAAAGCUCUGACUGGACUAUGCCAGAUUGAUAUCAAAGCACGUUUUGUAGGUUUCGUAAAACUGAUGACUUUUAAUGACAAAGCAAGCGAAGAUAUUGUUUCUGGUGUAGUUUAAUUGAAGCUUUAUUAUUUAUUCCUCAUUCAAUGUAAAAUAAAAGGAAAUUGUAAAUAGAGAGAGAAGUUUAUUUCAAAGAACUGGAAUGGAGAUAUGUAUCUAUAUGUA